UAUUAUAUUAGAGCUUUUCAGCUAGAAUUGAAACAAUUUCUUCGUAUUAUAGGGCUAGGGCUGUGGACUAGCUACACCUGGUUAAAAAGUUUCCAUCCCAUUACAUAAUUGAUAAUACUCAAUAAAUGUAAUAGAUUUGUAGUUUUGUAAUUAAUUGGUAAUCGUGUUGUUAUUGAUCUAAAAAUCGGUUCAAUUUUCCCCUCAUUCUGGAAAUGUAUUAAUUGAGUCUGUCUAAUUAUUUAUUUGAUACCGAUAAGAUUUCUAUAGUCUAUUAUAUUCGUAAGUUGUAAAACUAAACACAUUUUUUCCAAAAGAACCAAAUUAAAAUAAAAGUUUUACAAUACUACGAUAGAGCUGUAACUGUAGUUUAAAUUAGAUCACGGUCUAUUAUUGUAAAGAACGGUUUUUAUGUUGUUUUCUACAGAUAGAUAAUAAAUAUGAGUUGUUACCGUUUAUUUAUAUCUUUAUGGAGUGUCAAUAAACCUUUUUUGGACACAAAUAUAAAGUAACGAGUUAGUUUUCAUUGUUUCUUAAUUAGUAAUAAUCAAACCAAACUUUUCGUCUCAUCGUAAGAAAUAACUCCAGAGCUCUUUAUUUUAGAUUCUUAGGUAUGUUGGGCAAUGCUUAUAAGUUUAUUGCGAGCAUGAAUAACAUAAUAUCAUACAAUGGCCUGUAAGUAAGAUAGCUGCCAUUCACGAUCUGCCAUCUUUACAACAGUCUACAGGAUAGGCUCUAGCACCAAUGGCGAUUAAUUAACUUAUUUCUUGAGUUGAAUGAGAACACGGAAAUUGGAAUGGUUCUAAAUGUUGACACUAUGGGUUUCAUUAACAAAUGGUUCCUUCUUCUAUUGACAUAUGAAUCCUGGACAAUUUGAAAUAUGAGUCUCACAUUGAGUGAUUGGCCGCAAGGCUUUGUCAGAUUCAUAAAUUUUACUUUAUUGUAACUUAAUCCCAUACUAUAAUUCCUGAUGUAACUUUCAUUGGAGUCCUCCUUUAAAGGAAGGUUCGCCAGAAUAUUUGAAGCGUGCUAUUCUCGUAGGAGAAAAUGCUCGCAAAUUUAUCUGUUCCAUCGUCGACUGUUUGAGUCGUUAACGUAAUCAGAUUAAACUACAGAUUGAGAAUUGUCCUGCCUACUUAAUGCUCAAACUAGCUCUUUCCUAGUUUACACCGGAGGCGCCAUAUAGGGAAUUUCCUUUGAUAGCUGUCACGUGAGAGUCACGAGAUAGCGAUUGAGCGCGCUUAGUGGCGGCAUAUAGCACGUGAUAUUUGCACACCUAAUUACACGCCUUAUAUGGGAGGAGCUAGGUCAUCAGUUUAUCGCUUGCAGGGCAGCCGUACGCACAAGUAAAUGUUCCGUCAACUAUGUGGGUAUAAAAGUAACUUUGGUUUAAUGAAAGUGUGUGAGGACCGUGUACAGUUGGCAGUGCACUGGUUUGUUGUUCAAAUGGUUAGAGCGUGGGUUUGUCUGAACCAUCCUCGAAAUCGUUGUUACGUUGAAAACUGUAGCUCAGCUCGAUUAUCAUGUUACCUAGCUAGUAACUUGAUGAUUGAACAGAGAGUGGAAAACCAGACGAAAGUAAAGAUGAAGUCUCGGGGACCGGGGCAGCGGCUGAUGAUGGGCAAGAAUUAUUAAAGCGCCCUAGGCCGCUCCCCAAACCAGUCCAAUAACACAUUUUCUGAAAAUUUCUAAUUUUCAAAAUUUAGUGUUUUCGAGGUACUAGAUGAAACUAUACCAGACGCUCACCACAUCCGCCGUCUUCAGAAUCAAGUCUUCAACCCUGACGAUACUAAAGUAGAAAACAUCAGGAAUAUUGGUUUGUUGGAUUUUUGAAACAUUUUAUUCAAAUUCGAUAUAAAGAUGAUUGAGUUGGCCGAGAUUUCGCCGGAGUUCAAAAGCUUAGCUCACAGCUCUAAGCCAUCUAUUUUGAAACCAAAUGAAUUAAUAAAAUCCGGGUAAAUCUGUUUAAAGUAUGACUGUUUUUGUCACUAGAUUACCUUAUUAACUAAACUAUCUGUCAGGAAUGUCAGCACAUAUUGACUCCGGCAAGACCACGGUGUCAGAACGAAUUCUCUUCUACGGCGGGAGAAUAGACGCUAUUCACGAUGUCAAAGGUAAGGACGGUGUAGGAGCUAAGAUGGACAGUAUGGAACUGGAGAAGCAGCGAGGAAUCACCAUUAAAUCUGCUGCUACAUCUCUGCUGUGGAAAGGUAACCAGUUGAACCUGAUAGACACCCCCGGACACAUAGACUUCACAGUUGAAGUGGAGCGAGCUCUGAGGGUUUUGGAUGGUUCAAGUGCAAGUCUGAGAGCAGGAUGGCAGGGGUUAAGAAGUGGACUUAUCGGAGGGCUUACCAGCAUUCCCAGUUCUAUAGUGAGAGGGAUUAACCAAGACGGAGUGACGGGGGCAGUGACCGGACUAGCUAAAGGUCUCAUUGGAACUGUUGCUAAACCAGCUGCUGGUUUACUCGACUUUGCCUCAGGGACUACACUGGCCAUUACGCAGAGUACUCGAUCUAGUCACAGUAUCGGAGAGAUAAAAAGAAUACGGCUGCCUCGAUGUUGCAGUGGAGAGAUCCUGGCAAUCUUCUCCAUAGACACAGCACAAGGCAUGGCUACUCUGUGGAAACUGAACCGCAAGUCACGUGAGGAACAGUUCAUUUCCUGGUGUGUGGUGAACACCCGCCUCAAGAUCCUGGUGUCCAGUGAGCGGGUCAGACUUAUCGAGAGAGAAUCUGGUAACAAGGUUGUGAAGGAGAUCAUAUUAGACUCGAUAGGACAGUGUGUGUAUGCUCCCCGGAAUAACGGUGGAACUACAGAACAUAACCUAGCUAUACAGAUCUACGAUACUCUGCCUCCGCCAGGUGUUUUUAAUAUGGCUCCUGACUCUUGUCCCAAACUCAACUGUAACUCUCAGAAAACCAGCCUCAAGAUCAGCCAGGACAUUCAGUAUGCUAUUGAUCUGAAGAGAGAGGCUGCUUUUUUAGUUAGCGGUGGCAAAACUUUUAGUAAUAGUGGAAGGGACACAAGAUAG